UCAUAAACUUCCGUUAAAGUGCCGGUUCGUUUUCCUUCCUUUUACUGGUAUUAUUUGUUUAUCUCUCAAAUAAUUAUUAAUUACUCUUCCAAUAUGGAUCUUAAAAGAAAAGCUUCCGAAUCGGUGAUUGUUCCGUUUAAGAAACCAAGAAAUGAAAUCGUUCCUAUGCACAGGAAGAAUCUAUCUGUAGUACAAUCGGGAAUUCCUCGAACUUCAAAUCUUGAAGCUCCAAUAAUGCUUCUAACUGGUCAUGAAGGUGAUAUUUUUACUGGAAAAUUUUCUCCUGAUGGUAGAUUUUUGGCAACUUCUGGAUUUGAUCGAAUGAUUUUUUUUUGGAAUGUUUAUGGAGAGUGUGAUAACCUUGGUGUUCUGCGGGGCCAUACUGGAGCAGUUAUGGAGGUACAUUUUUCUACAGAUGGCAGCCAGCUGUUUACAGCAUCAACAGAUAAGAACCUUGCCAUUUGGGAUGUAGAAGCUGGUGCGCGUAUCAAGAAACUGAAAGGGCAUCAAGACUUUGUAAAUUCCUGUUGCCCUGCACGCCGUGGACCACAGUUAAUAUGUAGUGGAGCAGAUGAUGGCACUAUCAAGUUGUGGGAUUCUCGGAAGAGAGGAGCUGUACAGACUUUUCAGAAUGUUUAUCAAGUUACUUCUGUCACAUUUAGUGACACUGCUGAACAAAUCAUUUCUGGGGGUAUUGACAACGACAUCAAAGUUUGGGAUUUAAGGAAGAAUGAUAUCUUAUAUCGUUUAAGAGGUCACACAGAUACACCGACAGGCUUGGAGUUAAGUCCUGAUGGUUCUUACUUAUUAUCCAAUGGCAUGGAUGGUACUGUGCGAAUUUGGGAUGUACGACCAUUUGCACCUCAGGAGCGAUGUCUGAAAUUGUUUCAGGGACAUCAACAUAGCUUUGAGAAAAACUUACUGAGAUGUUCUUGGUCAUCUGAUGGGCGUAAGAUCUCUGCUGGCUCCGGUGAUCGAUUUGUAUAUAUUUGGGAUACAGCAACACGACAGAUUUUGUACAAAUUACCGGGUCACACUGGCUCUGUGAAUGAAGUAGACUUUCACCCUCAUGAACCAAUUGUUAUGUCAUGUUCAAGUGACAAGAAAAUCUACCUUGGUGAAAUAGCUUGAAGAUAUUAAAUUUUCAUUCAUGUGGUUUAAGAGGUUAAAAAGAAAAAGAUCCUCAUUUUGUCUCGACUGUUCAUAUGUCACUCAUUUAUUUCUUAUCAAUGCCUUGUCCCUCUCUUGUCAAUUUGAAACAUUCUCACAGACAAUAUUACUUAUCCCUUUUAUGUAACAGAAGCAGUAUUAGAUUUAAAUAAAUAGCCAUCUAUGUAUCAUACUUAAUGUAAAUACAUUCUUGAAAGGCGAAUUUACUGUGGUAUUUGUCUGGAGGCAACAUCUCUAAUGAAUGUGUUGUGCUGGAAAAUGCAAUAUAUGUUAGGUGCAGACAAAAAUCGCCCUAGCAGGAGCUAGUGAGAACAUUCGAUACAUUUCUGCUUCAUUGAGCAUUGUCAAUAGCAUGUACUCAAAACCAGAUGCUUGUUAAGACAAAAAUUUUCACCACCUAAUAUAUAGGAAAACAGUGAAUAAACACUGAUGUUACAAAUAGCUCAAUAAAAAUCUGUUAUAUGGAACAGGAUAGUAGAUUAAAAUAGUAAUUUAUGUAUCAUACUUCAUGUAAACGUGUAUUUAUAUUAUGAUACAUAGAUUUUUUAAACAUAGUUAUAUAGCUUUCUGCUCUGUUAUUGUAUAUUUGAGGUAAAAUAGUGGUGGAAUUGCAGUGCUUGAUCAACACAUCGUCAUAGGUUCCUGUUUUACAACAGUCAAGGUGUUGUGUUCCUCAUUAAGAAAUUUGUGGCUCCUACUGCUCUGUUGAGCAGUUGGGAAUAGGAAAGGCAUUUAUGUUUCAACAUAAUCCAUCCAUGGGAGCAGAGUAAAAUAGCUGUCAUAUACAGGCAUAAAUCCUUAUGGUAAAUGGGAAUGAAAUGUUUGAAAAUGAGAUAACUUACUAUUCUACUAGUGUUUUAUACUAUGUACUGGAUAAAAGCUUGGUAAAAAUAAAUUUCUAACUGAUAUAUAACCUGUUACAUAUACUAAGGCAGUCAUACACCAAUUAGAAAUUAUGAUUUCAUCUGCAACUUUUGGUUUUUCUAUCCUUUAUAUCUAUCAUAUAAUUUCAUUCACCACCACCUUAUUGAAAACUGAAUACUGAUGUGUGAGCUUCCUAUGUCGAACCAACACAAAAUAUUUUCAAGUAUUUACAAUUAUUUUUUUAAUAAAACAUUUGAAACAAAAUAAAAAAACAAACAAAACUCACCAGAUCUC